GCGGAAGUGACGUCACUUCCGUCCGGCCGUCCCGGGCGCGGUCCCGGUGUCUGAGGGGUGGCGGGGCUGGAGCGGAGGCGCCGAGCAUGGCCGGGGCCACCACUAUCGAGGCGGUGAAGCGCAAGAUCCAGGUGCUGCAGCAGCAGGCGGACGAUGCGGAGGAGCGGGCGGAGCGGCUGCAGCGGGAGGUGGAAGCCGAGCGCCGCAACCGCGAGCAGGCUGAGGCAGAAGUGGCAUCUCUGAACCGCCGUAUCCAGCUGGUGGAGGAGGAGUUGGACCGAGCUCAGGAGCGCCUUGCCACAGCUCUGCAGAAGCUGGAAGAGGCAGAGAAGGCGGCAGAUGAGAGCGAAAGAGGCAUGAAAGUCAUUGAAAACAGAGCUCUGAAGGAUGAGGAGAAGAUGGAACUGCAGGAGAUCCAGCUCAAGGAAGCCAAGCACAUUGCAGAGGAGGCGGACAGGAAGUAUGAGGAGGUUGCUCGGAAACUGGUGAUCAUUGAAGGGGAUCUGGAGCGUACUGAAGAGAGAGCUGAGCUUGCAGAGUCUCAUUGCCGGGAGCUGCAGGAGCAGAUCAGAGUGAUGGACCAGAACUUGAAGUGUCUGUCUGUUGCCGAAGAAAAGUACUCUCAAAAAGAGGAUAAAUAUGAAGAAGAGAUCAAGAUUCUGACUGAUAAACUCAAAGAGGCAGAGACCCGUGCUGAGUUUGCUGAACGCUCUGUAGCCAAGCUGGAGAAGACCAUUGAUGAUCUGGAAGAUGAGCUCUAUGCCCAGAAACUGAAGUACAAAGCAAUUAGUGAGGAACUGGACCACGCCCUGAAUGACAUGACUUCCAUAUAAACUGAAAUCCACCAAAGAGGAGCAUCUCUGCACGCAAAGAAUGCUGGACCAGACCCUGCUAGACCUGAAUGAGAUGUAAUGGAUCCCUGCCACUGCCUCUGCCAUGCGAUGCCAGCCCAGCUGCUGCUGCCCUCUAACCCUGGGACCAGAGUUUACUUUCUGUUGCCAACUUGACCAAACACAAAUCUCCUUCGUUCCAGGGUUAAAGGCCACCAGGUUGGGCAGAGCUUCAAACAGCAUCAUUAAGGGAAGUAAACAAUGCAAUAAUGUUUGGAGAGCAUGUUUGAGAUGUACACAUUUUGUAACUACCUUUUUUUGUAGCAACCAUUAUAAACAUUCCAAAUAACGUGUGAGGCUGGUGAGCUACACUUCAGAGCUCUUGGCUUUAGAAUUUGGUAUUAACCUUCUGUUAAUCGGCUCUGGGCCACCCUGCUUUGGCAGGGCAGGAAACGGAUAUGAUGGUUCUGUGAGUCAGAGUAGCCAGGCUAGGGUGACAGCCUGUUGAGAGAACUUCCUUUUCCAGGAGCUGUUUGCCAAAAGCACAGUUCAGUUUUUCAGCUUUAAGGUAGCUCUAUGUUGGGAAGGAACAACUUGGGUGAAAGGUGUCUUUUUUAGGGGGUUGGUUUUUUUUUUUCCUUAAGCCAAGCCAGUCAUCUGAACAAUUGAACCAAUUGAACCUUCACAGGGAUUGUGUCCCUUCCCCUCCACACCUGAAGGGCUUAGAGAAGCCCCUGUCCCUGUAACCCAUUGCUACCCUGGAGCUGACUUUGCCUUCACUAAGUGCUGAUGCACCAAGCUUCACUGCUCAUCACUGGGUUACACUUAACAACUUAAGUACAACAGCCUUGUGUCCUUGGAGAAGUGUUUUUGCCUACCUGGAGGGAGGAAGCCAAGCCUUCCCUCCUGCCCAGGACUGCUCUUAUUGUCUUAAUUGAGUCCAAGCCAUCUUGCUGUGCAUUGCUGAUGUGUUGUGUUGUGAGGUGUGAGCGUGGCGAUGUCACGCUCGCAGCGUGUAGCUUGUGGUUUGAGCAUGCUGCCUGGUUGUAGCAGUUUUUUGGGGCCAAUCUGGAGACAAAAACCAUAUCCAGUGUUUUGAUACUAAAUUGAAAAAUUGCGUUACUGUCUUUUGAAAUAAAAACUGAUCCCUCCACAUG